CAGCUGGGCUGAUUGUUGCGUUGGCAGGGCAGUCACAUUUUAGAUGAGUAUUAGAAUUAGUGCGCACUUAUCUUGAACUCUAAAUUGUUUGUAUACAAUUGUCAAUAUGAGUCACUCAGAUGGACUGGUUCACCGUCGGAAUGUGAAUCGAAGUACUGCUGAUAGUGUGAAUCAAAAUAACGACAACAAUGAGGACAAAAGACGCAACUCGAACGGCGGAGAAGAGGAUUUGGAAGAUGGUGAUUCAAAGGAUACAAGACUCACACUAAUGGAAGAAGUGUUGCUUCUUGGACUCAAAGAAAAGGAGGGUUAUACUAGUUUUUGGAAUGACUGCAUCUCAAGUGGCUUGCGGGGCUGCAUUCUCAUUGAGCUGGCGCUCAGGGGGCGCAUUGAGCUGGAAAAAGCAGGCAUGAGGCGCAAAACUUUGCUCAACAGGAAGGUUGUGGUGACGCGUAAUGAGCAGGCAACUGGGGAUGUUCUGCUUGAUGAAGCCCUGAAGCAUAUCAGAGAAACAACACAGCCUGAAACUGUUCACAGCUGGAUUGAAUAUCUUUCAGGAGAGUCAUGGAACCCACUAAAACUGCGCUACCAGCUCCGCAACGUACGUGAGCGUCUUGCCAAGAAUCUUGUGGAAAAGGGAGUUCUUACCACAGAAAAACAGAACUUCCUUGUCUUUGACAUGACCACACACCCUCUCACAGACAACUUAAUCAAGACCAAGCUUGUCAAGAAAGUACAGGAUGCUGUGCUCAGUCGCUGGGCAGGCGAGGCCUCCAGAAUGGACAGGAGGAUUCUUGCUCUCCUCUUCCUGGCCCACGCGUCUGACGUGCUUGAGAACGCCUUCAGUCCGCUCUCUGAUGAUGAUUAUGAGGUUGCCAUGAAGCGUGUACGCGAUCUGCUAGACUUGGACCUGGAGGCGGAGGCAGCUCGUCCUAACGCCAACGAGCUCAUGUGGGCCGUCAUCUCAGCCUUCGUCAAGUAGUCGAGCCCUCGACUCGUCUACUUAUUCGCACGCACUCUUAGAAAAAACCGUGAAAAAACGGUCCCACUGGCGUUCUAGUGGCCGGUCGC